AUGAAGUUCGCUGGAAUCGCUGCCAUGGCCGCCGUCGUCACCGCCGUGACCGGUGCUGCUAUCCCCAACGUCAACGCUGCCCUCGCCGAGGUUCACCAGGUCACUGGUGAUGUCCAGGGCCUCCUCUCCGGCGCCGGUUCUGAGGCUGAUGUCGCCAAGCUUGUUUCUCAGCUCGAGAAGGUCGAGUCUGAGCUGAAGAAGCUCACCACCCAGAAGCGCGACCUCAUCGACGCUGAUGUUGCCGCUAAGGCCGACGUUGCCAAGCUCGCCAAUGUCGACGCUGAUGUUGGCGCUCAUGUGCUCAAGCGCGGUCUC